UCGCUGAUUAUACGAUAAAGAUACCCGCACGCAAAUCGCCUGCAGCACAUUUUUGAACAGACAACUCUCUUUUCAAGAAAUCGCAAUGUUCAGGCCCAACAGCUUCAUGGACACUUUACCCCCAAAUACCGGAGACGGAAAGGAGAACUUCAACCUUGAGGAGUUCGUAGGGAGCCUCCCCGUUAAGUCUGCACCCUUCGAGAAGCGCUUCGUGAGUGAUGCCAUCUUGGAAGGACUUAUCUCAGGAGACUGCAUCAUGUCUACUACGAGGAACAUGUACCCUCCACUGGCCCUGACAGAACCCUCCUUCAUACCCUACCCUCCUCUACCUUACACACCACUACCACUACCAGUCAUACCAUGCUGUAUCCCCUGCUGCAACCCAGUAGAUAGCUGGCACUCAGGUCUCUACAGCGGGCUCUACCCCACCACCUGCAAUCCCCUUCUACCAAUCCUUCAACACAAAGAAGUUGCUGCCCCCUUCAUUAGACCUCCUAAACGUCCCCUGGAGAGCAAGAUUACGUGGAGUGCUGCUUACAAUAUGGACUACAACUACAACCCCCCGGCAAUGACCAUGGCUGGAUCCAGACCGUACAGUCAACCCCGCACCUUCGGGUACCCCCGAGCUACUAACUUCAGCACCGUCGCCCCGGACAUCUUACCACGGGUGAUCCCUGACUGUGACAUAGCUCCACCUAGAUUAUCUGGAUUAGCUCCGCCCAAAACAAGAGCUGGAGAAUACCUGAUACAGAAACCAAGACCGGCUCACGCUAUGGCUACAAUCCCACUGACAGCAGCUGCUAUGGCAACCAUUCCUCUGACGGCAGCUGCUAUGGCAACCAUUCCUUUGACGGCAGCAGCUGCUAUGGCAACCAUACCUCUGACGGCAGCUCAUCACGCCAUGGCGGCUAAUCCCCAUACAACUCUGGCGGCACACCCUCUGGCAGCACACCCUCUGGCGGCACAUCAAAUGGCGGCACAUCCAAUCCUUCCCAGUCCUAUCCUGCCCCCUCCCACUUUGCCCAGCACUGUGGACAUAAAGAAGAAACCAGUGACAUAUCGCUUCGUCUACCCCAAAAAAGAAAAGAAGUACAUCCGAGUAAAGAGUAAGAAACUCCACAAGUGUCGCAAGGCCCCGACUAGAGCGCAGAAACUUGUCCUCUCCCUAACUAAACCCCUGCUGGACUGCUACAGAAAAGGACUAGACACAAUCUCGAGAAAGAUCCCCAUUGACACUGACUCCAACUCCAAAUCAAGUUGUAGUAAUGGCCCAAGUUCCCCCAAAGAAGUUCCCCUGGACCCUGGAUAUGACUUACUAGCUGUAGCUAUGCUUACCAAGUGCCUACAUUUCGAGCAAUCGAAUGUGAACCCCCUGCACCCCUUAAAACGUUACGUUGUCGAAAACAAUGCUUCCGGGAAACGCUCUCGCGAAAGUGAGCCCCACACGGCUUCCAUGUUUUGAUUGUUUGAUGUUUCUUUUUUGUUACGGUGUUAAAUUUAACAAUACUCUGUGAGUGGUUUGCUUCACAGCCAGUGUUAUUAAAAGAUUUGUGCAAAAGAUUUGUGCAAAAUUUCGGUAAAUGCAAAAACGAAGUAUUAUGAAAUAUUAUGAUACAAAAUUACAUUUUACGUAAUUCUGCAAAUAUUUGAUAUUAUGAAAUAUUAUGAUAAAAGAUUUCAUUUUAUGUAAUUCUGAUGAAUAUUCCGAAUAAGGGUAAGUUAAUCUGUCAAUUAUUAAACUAGGCCCACUGAUCUGUCACUCCAUCAGACCAGACAAUCUGAAAUCGGGUCUUUACAACUUAUGACAAUGAUUACAGAUGCUGACUAAUACAUGGUUAAUCAAACUGAACCUCAUUAGUCGGAUUUAUGUAGAAUAAAUUUUAGAAUUGUAGAAUAAAUAUUGCAAGCGAUUGUCCGUGGGGAAGAACGUUGUUAUGUCGAAUUUGACAGCCCAUUCUACUCAGCAGUGCUCGGUAGGAUAAUCUACAAACACUCUCUCUGUGGGGGAGUGUUUGUACGGUAUAACAUUCCGCCAGAUAGUAUUGAUCUCCGGUUUAUCCAGGAUCCUAUCGGGCUACUGUUGGGUUUACUGUGUUGUGAAAGGAGUCUUCCUGCAUUAGCUUGUCAAUGUUUGUGUUGAUUUUGUGUGUAGCUUUGCCGGUUGGUAUUUGCUUUGUUGUAUUUGCUUAUUUGCUGUUAUAUG